AUUCUACUUCCAUUAUGGAUGGGGAAUGAAAUAUAUUUUGUAAUACUUUUCACUCUUUAAACUGUUUAAUUAUUUUAAAUUCCAAUCUCUUUAUACUUUUUUGAAUCGGUUUUACAACAUUUAACCAGUUUCUAUUUUUAAUUCUGAUGUUAUCAAGUUUAAAAGUUACACAUUUAACCUUCCAUUUUGUUUUCACCACUAAUUUGACUAAUUUCAAUAAUUUUCCAUUAUGUUGAUUGAUAGAGCUUAAAUAAUGGCCAAGUUGCAAUAAGGAAGUCGCAAGUGUAAAUGCCUCUUAUUAGAGCGAGGGAAAAGGCCAUUAAGCGUGGCGUAAAACAUGAGGCUGUUGUACGUAGAAUUGGAAGACGUGUUCAUAAAAGGUUCAGAUCAUGGUCUCAGCAAAGGACGAGGAAGUUCUGGAUGCCCGCAAAGGUAUCGUUACAUAGUCCUCUUGACUUGAUGGAUGGAUGGCUAUUAUCGUCCGCUGUGCAAAAGGCUGCAACCCUUAGGAAACAUGAUUUGAAACUUUGGCAUGGAUUUGGUAACAGGCUUUUGGAACUUUCUCACACUCUCACUGGUCAACAAUUAGGUUAUGUUUAUUACGGGUUUGGUAAGAGUCGAUUUUUAAAGCCUAGUUUGUAUGAGGAAAUGAUGAAGUUUACUGAACCGAUGCUUCCAAAUUUAAAUAGCCAUAGCCUGAUGUGUGUUGCAUGGUCACUAGCAAGGGUACAAAUAAGAAAUGAGCAGUUUCUCUCAAGAUAUUCGAUUGAAGUUGGAUCAAGAUUAGAUGAUAUCAGGACUACAGAUUUAAUUAAGAUUUGUAAUUCACUUUCAAAAUUGGAUGGUUAUACAAAUUAUUUGAAGGAAAGGUUAUCUGAGAAGAUGGUUGAAAAGUUGGAAUGUUUGUAUGCACAGGAUUUUAGAAAUGCAGUUAACCUUUUAUCAAUGAUUCAUUUAUAUGAUGAGAGGACCCAAAUUUACCUUUUAAGUCGUUUUUCCAAGAUAUUUAUCUGUGCUAGGCCUCAGCAUUUGCAACAAGCUUAUUGUUCAGCUGUCGCAGUUAGAGUUCUCUUACAAAAAGUUUGGACUCAACUAGAUAAAUCAGUCAAAGCAUUUUAUACGCGUCUCAGUAUGAGGAAAAUACAGCAAUGUUUGAGAAGACCUUCGGAAUUACAGUGGGAUGUAUCUAAUAUUCUUGCAAAGAUGGGGAUACAUCAUAGAAAUACCUUCUACUGGGGAUGUUUUUGGAUAGAUAUUGGAGAAAUUAAGGAUAAAUCAAACUGCUGGUUCAUAGAUGGACCAUCCUGCUUUUACACAUCGACCACACUAUAUACGAAUAAAGUCAAAUUACAACAUAGGAUAUUGAAUAACCUCGGAUGGAAUAUAAGAAGAGUGCAGUGGUACAAAUGGGUGGAUUAUAUGAAUAAUACAGAGGAUAAAAUUAACUAUAUAAGGAAAUUGAGGGAAUCUGAAUGUUUAGGAGAAUUUAUACAAGAGGACCAACUUGACCCUCUAGAAAUUAAACAAAAACUUGAUAAAAUUAAACAAAAUUGUGUUAAACCCACUUAAACUCGAAAUAUUUAAUGUAAUAUAUAUAGUA